GAGCAAGUCCUACUGCUCAAAGGCCAAAGCGCUCUUGCCUUUGUUCAGAGCCGCUUUGUGAGAUGGGCCUCUCUGGCUAAGUUCUCCCAGUAUGCAGUACUGACUAGUCCCACACUGGCCACCGACAAGAAUUGACUCUCUGCAGCCACCGUCUCGUUCCUAUAGUCCCAUCCAAUCAGAGCUCCGCGGGAAGAGGCGGGGCUGAGAGGCGCGCAUUGUGCUUGCUUCUUGCAGUAGUUGCUGCGAUUGCUUUCCGCAUGGAGGAAAUUUAUGCGAAGUUUGUGUCUCAGAAAAUCAGCAAAACCCGCUGGCGACCGCUGCCUCCGGGAAGUUUGCAGACCGCGGAAACGUUCGCUACGGGAUCUUGGGACAAUGAGGAAAAUUAUGUUUCACUGUGGUCUAUUGGAGAUUUUGAAAACUUGGACUCUGAUGGAGGGUUUGAAGGAGACCAUCAGUUAUUGUGUGAUAUCAGACACCAUGGUGAUAUAAUGGAUUUACAGUUUUUUGACCAGGAAAGAAUUGUCACUGCUUCAUCAACGGGAUGUGUAACAGUUUUCCUUCACCAUCCAAAUAACCAGACUCUGUCAGUCAACCAGCAAUGGACUACAGCUCACUACCACACAGGCCCCAGCAGUCCUUCCUAUAGCAGUGCACCAUGUACAGGUAUUGUGUGUAACAACCCAGAAAUUGUUACAGUUGGAGAGGAUGGUCGAAUAAAUCUCUUCAGAGCUGAUCACAAGGAAGCUGUAAGAACCAUAGACAAUGCAGAUAGUAGUACACUCCAUGCUGUAACCUUUCUUCGAACUCCUGAGAUUCUUACUGUGAAUUCAAUUGGACAGUUGAAAAUAUGGGAUUUCAGACAACAAGGAAAUGAGCCUUCUCAGAUAUUGUCACUAACUGGUGACCGAGUGCCACUCCACUGCGUUGAUAGACAUCCCAACCAACAGCAUGUUGUAGCUACUGGUGGCCAAGAUGGAAUGUUGAGUAUUUGGGAUGUUAGACAAGGUACUAUGCCUGUAUCUCUGCUGAAGGCUCAUGAAGCUGAAAACAGAGUUUCACUCUUGUCCAUGCUGGAGUGUAAUGGCACCAUCUCUGCUCACCACAGCCUCAGCUUCCCAGGUUCAAGCAGUUCUCCUGCCUCAGCCUCCCCAAUGUGGGAAGUUCACUUUCACCCAUCCAACCCAGAUCAUCUGUUUACCUGCUCUGAAGAUGGAUCCCUCUGGCAUUGGGAUGCCUCCACAGAUGUACCUGAAAAGUCGUUACUCUUUCAUCAAGGAGGAAGAACCAGUACAUUUUUGUCUCAUAGCAUUAGUAACCAAGCUAAUGUUCACCAAUCUGUCAUUAGUUCCUGGCUCAGCACGGAUCCUGCAAAAGACCGAAUUGAAAUCACAAGCUUACUUCCCAGUAGGACUCUGUCUGUGAACAGUUUGGAUGUUUUAGGUCCUUGUCUUGUUUGUGGAACCGAUGCAGAAGCAAUUUAUGUUACUAGACAUCUUUUUUCGUAGAAGUACUGUAAUUUUAAGAUUUCAGGUAGAACACACAAUUAGCCUUUUGAAAUCCAACAUCUGUGCAAACUUUUAUUAUCAGAAAAUAUGAGAUUUGCAGGGGAAACAUCAAUAAACUGCCAUUAAUGUCAAUGCCCAGUUUUGGCUUUUGUUAGCCUGACACUCCCACAACAGUUGUAGAAUCCGUUGGAUGACAGAGGGCAAAAGAUUGUGAACAUGUGCAAGAAAAUCAGUGGGAUCCUGGUGCUGAUGAAUAGGUUGCCUUCAGAGUAUUAUUGACAGCUCAUGGGACUAGUUCUUUGUUUUAGAUGUGGCAAUUAACACAACAUCAGUGGUGGUUAUGGGAACCACCAAUGGGUUCCUACAAUGUUUAUCAGUAGUAUGUGGAGUAUACGCCUCCUAGUGGCAAUUGUCAAUGUUAACAAUUAUUCUUUUUAUUGCAAGUAUUUCCUAUGAUCCUUCCACACUUUAUUUCCUUAAUAAUUAUAGUAAAUGUUUUCAGAAAGAAUUGAGUAGAGCAAAAAUAACAAAGAUGUAUAGCCAUGUUCGAAUUUUUUUUUGAGACAGAUUUUUUUUUGAGACAGUCUUACUCUGUUGCCAGGCUGGAAUGCAGUGGUGCGAUCUUGGCUCACUGCAGCCUCCACCUCCCGGGUUCAAGCAAUUCUCCUGCCUCAGCCUGCUGAGUAGCUGGAACUACAGGGGUGCGCCACCACACCUAGCUAAUUUUUGUGUUUUUUAGUAGACAUGGGGUUUCACCAUGUCAGCCAGGAUGGUCUCCAUGUCUCGACCUCAUGAUCUGCUUGCCUCAACCUCCCAAAGUGCUGGGAUUACAGGUGUGAGCCACUGUACCUAUCCUGAAAUUUUUUAAAGAUGAAAAUGUUUUGACAAGUUCCUUUUUCAGAAUAGGUUUUUGAGCAGAAGUCUUUCAACUCCUUAGACCCAACUUUAUUUCUGUUGAAAAGGGAACAAACACAACAUUUUUCCUAAGGAAUUUAGCUUUUGUUUAGCUUCACGGCAUAGUUGAAAAUUGCCAAACUGGACAUCGUGUGAUAAAGUAGAAUUUCAUAUUGAUAAGCAAAUUGACUUCCAAACUAAAAUUCAAUGCUUAACAAGUGUGAUUAAUCAAAUGAUAAUAUAAUCAGAGUGAAGAAUUGUGCCAUUUUUUUCUUUUUUUUUUUUAACCUUUGUCCCCACCCCCCACCCCCCACCAGAAUUUUGCCAUUUUAAUCCUUUUGUUUUAGCCACCUAUAGUCUUAUCAGCCAUCUUUAUUCUUGUCUGCAGAGAUAAUAAUGACCUAAUGUAGUGUUUUAAGAUACUUUAAUGAUACUAUCUUUCCAAAAUUUGUUAGAUAUUAAAUGUGUUAUUGACCUGAGACCUUAAUGAUAAAUCAGUACUAUUAGACAAUUGAAGUGUUUAUUUACUUUAUAAUUCCAAUAAUCAUAAUUAUGGAAUUAUGAUAAGGUUUUGCUUUUCUGUCCUAAUAAAUAUUUUCUUUUUCUUUUUUUGAGACAGAGUUUCGCUCUUAUUGCUGGAGUGAUGAUCUCAGCUCACUGCGACCUCUGUCUCCCAGGUUCAAACAAUUCUCCUGCCUCAGCCUCUCCAGUAGCUGGGAUUACAGGUGUGCGCCACCAGACCUGGCUAAUUUUUAAUUAGUAGUAGAGAAGGGGUUUCACCAUGUUGGCCAGGGCUGGUCUGGAACUCCUGACCAUAGGUUAUCAGCCCACCUCAGCCUCCGAAAGUGCUGGGAUUAUAGGUGUGAGCCACCACACCCUGCCUAUUUUCAAUUUUUUUAAUGCCACUUUAUCUCAGGGGGUUUUGGGUUUCUGAUCUGUCUAUAGUAUUAUUGCUGGGACUAAUUUUUUAAAGACUUUUUGUUACUAAAUAACUUACAGAAAAGAAAGUUUUAAGUACUUAGAAUUUCAAACAGACAAUACUCUUCAUAUCCGUUUCUAUCCAUCAAUGUAUAUAAUUUCUUAAUAAAAUGAAAUAUACAUAUAUAUAUUAUCUUUGUGGAUGCAUGUUCCCUAGCAGUAAACACAUUUUUUCUAUUAUCAUUUUGAACUGCUAGUUAAUAUUCUAAGCUGUAGGAGUGUGUACCAUAAUUUAUUUCAAUUGGUUGCCUAUUAUUGAUUAUUUCAUGUUUCCAGCCUUUCACCGUUAUGAUUCCCACUAUAAUACCGGUUUGGUUUAAUUUGCAUUUCUUUUAAAACUUGCUUUUAUUCUUAGCUUAUAUCCUCUUCAUUUUUUGAGGUAGUUUGGCAUUUUCUUAUUUGUAACAUCUUUUUAUAUGUGGUUUUUUUUUGUUUGUUUUUUUGCCUUUGGUUGUAUGAUACAGGUAUUUUUUUAAUUUAGUUUUUAGCUUUACUUAUGGGGCUUUUUUUUAAUCUUUAUUCUGUUAAUUUUUUUUUUUUUUUUUUCCUUGAGAUAGAGUCUCACUCCCAUCGCCCAGGCUGGAGUGCAGUGGCAUGAUCAUGGUUCGCUGCAGCCUGACCUUCUGGGCUCAGAUGAUCCUCCCAUCUUAACAUCCUGAAUAGCUGGGACUAGAGGUGUGUACCACCAUGCCUAAUUUCUGUACUUUUAGUAGAGAUGGGGUUUCAUAAUUGCCCAGGCUACUUAGGGUGCUUUUCAUAGAAUUUGCAUUUCGUGUGUGGUCAAAUCAGUUGGUUUCUUAGUUUUUUAUUUUUGUUUUUUGAGACAGAGUUUUGCCCUGUCACCCAGGCUGACGUGCAAUGGCAUGAUCUUAGCUCACUGCAACUUCCACCUCCCUGGUUCAAGCAAUUCUCCUGCCUCGGCCUCCCAAGUAGCCGGGAUUACAGGCAUGUGCCACCGUGCUCAACUAAUUAUAUAUAUAUAUAUAUAUAUAUAUUUUUUUUUUUUUUUUGAGACGGAGUUUCGCUCUUGUUACCCAGGCUGGAGUGUAAUGGCAUGAUCUCGGCUCACCGCAACCUCUGCCUCCUGGGUUCAAGCAAUUCUCCUGCCUCAGCUUCCCGAGUAGCUGGGACUACAGGUACGCACCACCAUGCCCUGCUAAUUUUUUUGUAUUUUUAGUAGAGACAGGGUUUCACCAUGUUGACCAGUAUGGUCUCGAUCUCUUGACCUUGUGAUCCACCCGCCUUGGCCUCCCAAAAUGCUGGGAUUAUAGGCGUGAGCCACCGCGCCUGGCCCAAUUUUUUAUAUUUUUAGUAUAGAUGGGGUUUCACUGUGUUGGCUAGCCUGGUCUCAAACUCCUGACCUUAGGUGAUCCACCCACCUUGGCCUCCCAAAAUGCUAGGAUUCCAGAGGUGAGCCACCACACCUGGCCAAAUCAUUUGAUUUCUUUCUUAAUACUUUUUGUCCCCUGGCAUCAUGUUAUCCUGUCCUAGAGUUAUGUAAAUGUUAAUCUGUAAUUCAUUUUAUUUUGUGGUUUUUAUAUUUUGCAUGUAAUGAUUGCAUUUGGAAUUUAAUGAUUUAAUGCAUCUGAAGUUUUCUUCUUUUCACACAAGUAGAUAUUAUGUGCUUCCUGAUGUCAUACAAAAGGAGUAAAUAACACCACAUAGGAAAUUUCCUGCCCAAAAGGAACUACUUGUUUUUCAUUUUGUAGCAUUCCAGGAGUAAGUAAAAACAUACACUUGUUCAGCUCAGGGUAGGUUUUUUCCUAGCACUGAAAAGUAGACCAGGCCGGGCUCGGUGGCUCACGCCUGUAAUCACAGCACUUUGGGAGGCUGAGGCAGGCAGAUUACGAGGUCGAGAUCGAGACCAUCCUGGCCAACAUGGUGAAACCCCGUCUCUACUAAAAAUACAAAAAUUAGCUGGGCGUGGUGGUGCAUGCCUGUAGUCCCAGCUACUCAGAAGGCUGAGGCAGGAGAAUUGCUUGAACCCAGGAGUCAGAGAUUGCAGUGAGCCAAGAUUGUGCCACUGUACUCCAGCCUGGCGCCUGGCAACGGAGCAAGACUCUGUCUCAAAAAAAAAGAAAAGUAGACCAGAUAAUUCAGAUAAUUGCCAUUACCCUAAAUAUCAGUUCAAGGACUUAUCAGCCUAACUGUACUUCCCCAGUUCCUAGCAACAAAACUGAACCUGAUUUACCUGUCUGCCAGUUUACAGACACUACAGGAAACAAAAGAACAUGUUAAAUGACAACAUGGGAUGCAACUGUUGAGAAAUUCUAUAAGACAAGGUGGCUUCUUAAUAAAAACAUUGUUUUAGCAGUAAUGAAUGGCUCUGGGCCUGGAGGAGGUGUUUAUAGUUAAACACAGUAUUUUGGCAGAGAAAUAUAUACAUUCAUACCAAAUGGGAACAAUGAAAACUCAGUGGCUCACAAUGCUUCAGGACCAAUUUUCACUCUUUCUGAUUCAGUAAUAAAAACAGCCAGGCAUGGUGACUUGUGCCUGUGGUUCUAGCUACUCAGGAGGCUGAACUGGAAGGAUUGCUUGAGCCUGGGAGAUGAAGGUUGCAGUGAGCCAUGGUUGUACCAGUGCACUCCAGCCUGGGUGGCAGAGUGACACCCUGCCUCAAAAAUAAAUAAAUAAAUAAUAAUUUUUUAAAAACACCAUAACUGUGGAUUUUCCUUUGCCCUUCUAUUUCCCUUUGUACAAAUGGCUAUUAGCAUAGCCUAAAGCCUGCUGAGGCGGUGGCCCUCUCUGCCCAGUGCAGGCACCCUCAGAUCCUACUCAGCAGGCUAACAUCCUUGCUGUGAAUGGGCCUCAAACUCAUUCUCAUUCAUGGAAAAGACCCUGGCUCUUAGGUGGCACAUUUUCCAUGUAUUGUGAAUAGUAAGCCUGUUUUUGCCUCACCUCACCUUUCUUUUCUCUCUCUUUUUUUUUAAAUGGAGUCGCUCUGUCACCCAUACUGGAAUGCAGUGGCCUGAUCUCAGCUCACUGCAACUUUCACCUCCCAGGUUCAAGCAGUUCUGCCUCAGCCUCCCAAGUAUCUAGGAUUACAGACACACACCACCAUACCUGGCUAAUUUUUUUGUAAUUUUAGUAGAGACAGGGUUUCGCCAUGUAGGUCAGGCUGGUCUUGAACACCUGACCUCAAGUAGUCCAUCCACCUUGAUUUCCCAGAAUGCUGGGGUUACAGGCAAGAAUCAUCGAGCCCAGCCUCUUCUGUUUUUAUCUGUAAUGACCACUGCCGAAAACUCUGAAGUUUUCAUAUAUGUUGCUAACAUCUUCUCAAUUUCUAGCAGCCAUAUAUAAAAUUUCCGUUGAUCAUUAUAAGUGAGUAAGUGGUAGAGGCUUUAAGGCUUUCAGGGUAUUUGUAACCAUAAGAGGAAUACAUUUUAACAGUGUUACAUUUCAUGCCAAUUGACAAGUUCUGCCAAUUUUAAUAAGAAACUAAGCUAUAUGUAAUAUAACACCAUAAUUUAUGAAUCUGUUCAUUGUCACUGCCUUUAUUAAACUAUAGUUUCUUUCAAGGGUUGCAGGUUCUUAGAGGUAGAAAGUACCUUGGCGAGCAUCUCCAGCCUAAAAUUCAUGAUUCCUUCUACAGUUUUCCCAACAAAUUCCCAAAAAAGUAUCAUCUACCCUAUACUUAAAAACAUAUGGUGGCUCACGCCUGUAAUCCUAGCACUUUGGGAGGCCAAGGUGGGUGGGUCACCUGAGGUCAGGAGUUCAAGAUCAGCCUGGCCAACAUGCCAGAACCCGGUUGCUACUAAAAAUGCAAAAAUAAAGUAGCUGGGCAUGGUGGGAGGCAUCUAUAAUCUCAGCUACUCAGGAGGCUGAGGGAAGAGAAUCGCUUGAACCCAGGGGUAGAGGUUGCAGUGAGCCGAGAUCACACCACUUUACUCCAGCCUAGGCGAAAGAGUGAAACUGCAUCUCAAAAAAUAUAUGUAUAUAUAUGGUGAUAAAUAUUCCCAUUUUCCAAUGAGGCUUCACAUUUGAACAGCUCUAAUUGAUACAGCAUUAUGGCAGGAUUUUAGUGUAAGAGUGGGACCCAAAACAAUCCUGUAAAAAGGUACAGUCCUGGUGUAAUGUUAACACACUGAUCAUGUGAGCCUAUGAGAUGAGCCAAUCACCAAUUACGUUAUAUUUGAAUCUGCUCUGUGUUGGGAUCCUUUACCAUAGGGUUUCACUAAAUAAAUGAAUUUUCAUAUACUGAACUGAAA